AUGCAGUUGCGCACCGACGAUAUCGCGACCACGGGCGUCCCAGGGCCAUGCGUCGCCCGCGGACGUCGCUUCGCCCUGCGCCGUCUCGCCUCGCUUCGCCUCAUCGAAUUGGGGCCCGUCUUAGCGAGGGUUGAGAGGUCUUCCCAGGAGGCAAAGGACCGGCCUGGGAGGCGAGCUUGCAAGCAUAAGGAGGGGUUGCUGGGAGAGCCCUACAUACGUCAGUGGUGGUGUGUUGUUCUCGUGGGCCACGGGAAAGCUGUGAGUGGCCCGUUCACCUGA